AUGCCUGCAUUGGCAGAAGAUCUUUCGGGGAGCCUGCUGAGCACAUUCCACAUUGCAAUAUUCUUAUAUGGCACCGCAACCUCUCAGAUCUACAAUUAUUGGCAGAACUUCCCAUAUGAUUCAAAGCUGCACCGUUGGACUGUUGGAGUUGCUACAGUCACGACUGAGGUGAUGCUUGCGGGGAUUGUUCAAAGGCAUGUUAAAUCACAACAGCAGAUUCAAACUGAAAUUCAUCCGGACUAUGGCAGUUUCUACAUUCGACGAGUUUGGAUUUCAGGGUGUAGGCCUGCUUGCUCGUAUAGGUUCAAAUUCGACAUUAUUUCACAGUUUCGACAAAAUACCAGUCCAGUCAUAACUGUGAGCUGCGGCUUGAGCUCCGCUGCCGCUAUCGAUCUUUUACUUGCUAUUACGCUGGUCUACUAUAGACUGAAGAUGCCUAGACGCGCUCAUGAGAAUUUACAUGUGGUCGAAGCCCUCCAGUAUUAUUUAGUCAACACUGGAUUAAUAACAAUACCAUCAGGCCCUCAGCACAUUGCGUAUAUUUACCUGCUCGCAGUUUAUACACAUGGGGCAUACUCUGGUAUUCGCUGGUCUGAUCCAAGUUCAAGCAAAAUCAUGUCGGAACGUGCGGAAAUUCAAGCUACAGUCAAGGAAGCAAGAUAUAUAGAACUUGCCAGGCGGAUUACUCGCGUCGAGCUCUACCACCAGGAUGACAAGCUUACUGGUGAGGACAUGUCCAUAGAUGCGAUCCCUGCCACCAUUCCGGCUGUCUCAUCUGCAAAGGACCGUCUCAGCACUUCUUCCUACGUGAUCUGCUGGUCGUACAUGACACUGCCUGGAUUAUGCUCCACAGACGAUGCAUCAUCUUUGUGA